CCCCGCCCUUGCUGCUAUGCAAAUGUAACGCCUCGGCGUCCGCCAAUCCGCGGGCGGGCUGGCGCCGUCACGUGGCGCGAAGCUUCCUUUCUCUGUGCGCCUCUCUUUCCUUCCUUGGCCGCCAUCUUGUUCUCACCGCGUGUUGGGCUGCGGAGGAUCCGCCGGACUCGGACACAGCACUAUGAACCAAGAAAAACUGGCCAAGCUUCAAGCACAGGUCCGAAUAGGAGGAAAGGGAACAGCUCGCAGAAAGAAGAAGGUGGUGCACAGAACAGCUACAGCUGAUGACAAAAAACUUCAGAGUUCCCUCAAAAAACUGGCAGUAAAUAACAUUGCUGGCAUUGAAGAGGUGAACAUGAUAAAAGAUGAUGGAACAGUUAUUCACUUCAACAACCCCAAGGUUCAAGCUUCCCUUUCUGCUAACACUUUUGCAAUUACUGGUCAUGCCGAGGCUAAACCGAUCACAGAAAUGCUUCCAGGCAUCUUAAGCCAGCUUGGUGCUGACAGCUUAACAAGUCUCAGGAAGUUAGCUGAACAAUUCCCAAGACAAGUGUUGGAUAGUAAAGCACCAAAAUCUGAAGAUAUUGAUGAAGAAGAUGAUGAUGUCCCAGAUCUCGUAGAAAACUUUGAUGAAGCAUCAAAGAAUGAAGCUAACUAAAACGUUAAUAGUUCUGGAAGCUGGCAUGGACUAGAUUUAAGAAAUCAGCUAUGUGGUUCCAAAGUUUUAAAGAAACAGAGAACAUCAUCUGUUGAUAGUUCAGUAAUAUAAAUAUUUUGUAUUUUUAUGAUGCUGUUUGUUCAGCAUUUUCUGUCAGUUGAUUUUGCAUUUUGCACUUACUCCCAGGAUCUACUCUUUUGGUCAAAAAGAAAUGUCAGUGCAGUUUGAGGGGUGUGUGCAUGUGCGUGUGUGUAUGUGUGUGGGUGUACAUAUAGUGGAGAACAAAUUGGAGAACACUUAUUUAACCUUUCCCCCUUUUCCUUUGGAAGUAGAAAUAAAAUGAAUCUUCAGCAUUGUUCCUUUUGAUUAUCACCAAAUAGUGCACAGAAGGUAGUUAAGAUUAAAAUUUUGUCCACAUUUUGUGACCUGAAUUCAUUACACAAUUAAAACUUGGGUUUAAUUUGCUGUUAACUAUCGUACUUGCAGAUGUGUUUCUCCUCCCUGUUGAAAUGUGUACAUGAUAAUUGUUAUCAACCUUAUGUUGAUCCCAGAUGAUACCAAAGACGAGCUGUUUUACCGGCUUGUUUGGUACAGUAACUUUUUAAAAAAGAAAACUUGGUCUCGGAAAAGUGUGCUUUUUUUUUUUAACCUUUCUCAACUUUUCCUUCUUUCUUGUCUCUUGAACCUUUUGAGACAAGCUGAUUUUUGACUCCUUCCACGUAGGCUUAGCAGUAUGUUCUCCUGUUGAUUAUGUAGAGUAUUUCCCAUGUCAAAAGGAAAACGAACACCUUGGUUCUCUACCAUCAGGUCACUUCCUAAACUUGGAGGUUUAGUUGGUAACAGUCAGUGCACCAGUUUUGCACAGUAACAGAUUUUUGCUUGAAGAACUUCAAGCUGUUCUCUUGGCAUGACUGCAUUUACUAGCGGCUGAUGAUCCACUGUCAUUCUUACGGCACUAGGAUUUAAAUGCACCCUGUGAGCAAUGUUUAAGGUGGGAGGAAAGAGUUGUUGACAUUUUGCCUGGCCUCCUGCUGGGCAGUUUGUGCAAUGACUAGCUCUAAAGGGAUUUUUUUUUUGCCUGUAACUUACCUUUGCCUAUAACCUACCUCUAGGUUUGGUGUCAUCUAUGUAGUAGCUUCUUAAAAACCACAAAUGCUCCUCAGGCAUAAGGAGGACAUUGGCAGGUACUGUUGGUACAGUGCAGUAUUUAUGACCUUUCUUUAAAAUGCUUAAUGUGAACUUGUUUUCUCAAGAGGCUCUUUCAAGGUUCUUGAUGUAAUGUGCAUUAUGGUAUAGCUAGACAUCAUUGUAACCUGUGUCAAGGGCAGCUGUGGCUUAAGAAAGCCGUUUUUUUUUUCUCUACAUCUGUCACUUAACUAUGGCUUAAUUGGAACAUAUCAGCUUUUUAUGUAGGUUCAUAUGCUAGAGAACUGUAAAAGUACAAGGUAAACAGUACAUGAGUUCUGGUGACAUCAUCAUAAAACCACGAAAGCAGAGCUGUAGUGGUUCAUCAUCUGAACUCCUCCAUUUAUUUUAUAGGCUUUGUUCAGUUUUUCCUGUUAUAUUUUAUAUACUACAUGGAUCUUACUACAAAAUAAAAUAACAGUACAAAAGAGGAAAUGCUCCCUCUUGUGUGUUGUCUCCUCCUCCCACCAGCACUAGCUGAGGAACGACAGGUGGAUGCAGCAGCUGUUUCAAACAGCACUAUAUCCUUGCUGACAGUGACUGAGGAAGACACAUGCAGGAUUAGGGAGGAUCCUGUUAGAGCUUCAGGAUUUCACACUCCCAUAUACCCACUCUCCUAUUUUCCCUGCAGUGUUGAAUGAAACUGUGGUUUGUUGUAUGGCUAAUCUUAAAUCAGCUGCAGAUGCAUUUGUUCUGUUUGUAAGGAAGAGAUGUCUUCAUUAACAGGUGCGCAGGCACACUGCAUUGCCUUUUGCUGUCUCCACAAGCUCAAAGAGCAAAUGAAGGAUACUAGGAAACAGGUAUUUGCAGUGUUCUUCCAUUUGCUUAAGGGGCAUGAGUGAAGAACGUUUCACAGUAGCAACUGUACUGAGUUUAUGUAUGGGACAUCCCCUCCCCCUAAAUACUAAUCAGAUACUGAAAACUUGUGCUUAUUGGUUUCUGAUGUAGGAAGUAUGUUAAAAGUAAUUUUGUGAGAGAUUAAGCAUUGGAAGCAGUGAUUCCAUAAGAAGUUUAUGUAGUUGAGCUUUCUGAUUCCUACAAAAUACUCAUUUAAUUUUUGCUCUUGGUCGUGACAAUUUACAUGUUAAACCCUCACUUUUUCCUAUGUUUGACAACCAGUAAACUAACUAAGUAUGCUAGCUUAUGUAGUUAUAUUAUCUUCAGUUUUUUCACUGUAUCUGGAAACAGUCAACCACUUACGAUUUGCUGCUGGAAAUACUAGAGCUUAUCAAUCAUUAAACUGAUUUUAAUUAAAAGUAA